AUAUUGCUAAUUAAAAUUUAACGGUUACAGCAUUUUAUAUGUUUAUGUACGGGGUUUAAUAAGUAAUUAAGGGAAAAAUUAAUUUCGUUUAUUAGAAAUUAUAUUGUUAUUUAUUAUAUGAUGUAUUUAUAAUCUUUGUGUAUACUGCAUAUGAAAGGUUCUCUUAUAAUCAUUGCGACCGCAGCAGUUUAAAAUGGAAUCUCCUGACAUAUCUUUGUCACAAAGUGAGGAGGAUACAACUGAUAGUUGCCACAUGUGUAAAGGUAAAUUUGAACAACCUAGAGUUUUAUCAUGUCUUCAUGUUUUUUGUGAAGAAUGUUUAAAGGAAAAGAUUGCUGAAAACGGAUAUGUACAAAAUUUGAUUGAAUGUCCAGAUUGUGGACAAGAAACUAAGCUCUCUUCAAAGGGAGUCUCUGCUCUGCCAUUAGACUACAUUGAAUGUAAUCGUCUGGAUUUGAGAGCUUUGGAGAAAACACAAAUUAUAUGCACAAGCUGCAAAGCUAAAGAAACUGCUGUUGCUCGUUGUACUGAGUGUGCAACAUUUUUGUGCCCUAAUUGUGUCACUGCUCAUCAGUUUAUGAGAUGCUUUGAGAGUCAUACUGUACUCUCUUUUGAUGAGCUGAAGAAAAAUGAUGGCUUUACUACCAUUCACAAGCCAGUUUCGUGUCCUUCACAUCCUGAAGAAAUCAUGAAAUACUAUUGCCACACUUGUCAUGUGCCUAUUUGCAAUGAAUGCAUGAUUAUUGAGCAUAAACAGCCAGAACAUUGUUAUGAAAAAGCUACUGAAGCUGAGAAAAAACAAAGAGAUGAAAUAAAAUGUCUUAUUACUGAAAGCAAAACUAAAGUGGAAUUUUGUGACAAAGCUACUUCUGUCUUGGAUACACACUUGUCAGAGCUUCAGAUGCAACGAGAUAGUGCAAAAUCUCAUAUUGAGGAAACAUUCCAAAGUUACAAAGCUGUGCUUGAGAAGAGGCAGGAACUCGUCCUCAAAGAGUUAGAAUCUGUACACUCUUCUCUUGAACUUCAGAUCAUGGAUACUUACAAUAAUGUGGAGAAAACCAUAGAGAAAAUCGAUGAUGCCUGCAAAUUCGCUGAUCGACUAUUGAGCUGUGGAAAUACUAUGGAGAUCCUCAGUUUAAUUCAUGUUGUAAGCGCUCGAUUACUCUCUUUGAUUAACAACACUCCAAAACUAGAUGUUUCAGUUGGUAUGACCUUUGAAACUGAUGAGAAAAAAUUUGAAGAAGCUGUUAAGGAGACAUUUGGAUUUGUGAAAAAGCCUGAGCCGCCUGCUAAGAAGGAAGAUUCUCCAGUUUCUCAAAUGUCUCAAAAAACAUCUCCGGUGCAUUCCACUUCUUCGUUUGAAAGUGAAGUUUUCAAUAUCUCUACUGGUGACAUAACACCUCAGAAUAUGCUGCCUGAAUUAGACGUUGACUUAGCACAUAAUUUUGUAGCACAGUAUAAUUUAGCUCAACUUGCAGAUAUGGCAGAAAGAACCAUAUCUCAGACUUCUUCAAAUGCUGCUAGUCCACCUCUUAAUUUGGCUCAUCUCUUGGGUCCAAAUGAACCAGAUGUUACUGCCCAAUUCAAUGCUUUGAACAAUUUAACUGCACUUGCUAAGAUGGGAUCUAUAAGUAUCAGUAAUGGAACAUCCACUCUUAAUAGCCAGGUUGUAAGCCUUCACUCUGCUCCUUUGCCUCACUCUCCUCCAGGGAGUUCUGUUAUUAGAGGGAUGAAUACACCAUCUCCUAUUGAUGGCUUAGAGAGCCUUCUUAGUAAUAAUAGCAUUGUUAGUGCCAAUUCAAGAGUCAAUAGUCCUUUAGAUGCACCUGUUUUGAAUGGUGAAUCGUUGCUUGCCAUUGCCAACAGUACUCCAAUUUUGUCACAUUCUGCAAUAUCGCCUAUUGGAGCUCAACCCUUUAAUCCAGCUCCAAGAAGCUCAUCAGUUAAGUUGCGAACUAUGCAAAUAAGGUGCAAAUUUGGUCAGCUUGGCCCUGGAAAAAGUCAAUUUAGUUCACCUCACGGAUUUUGUCUUGGUAUGGACGAAGAAAUUAUUGUGGCUGAUACCAAUAAUCACCGUAUUCAAGUGUUUGAAAAAACUGGAGACUUCAAGUAUCAGUUUGGGGUUGCCGGUAAAGAGGAAGGUCAAUUAUGGUAUCCCAGAAAAGUUGCUGUUAUACGAAGUUCAGGUAAGUUUGUAAUUUGUGACAGAGGAAGUGAGAGAAGCCGAAUGCAAAUUUUUACAAAAACUGGCCACUUUUUGAAGAAGAUAGCUAUACGUUACAUUGAUAUAGUAGCUGGAUUGGCCAUAACAUCUGAAGGAAGAAUAGUGGCUGUUGAUAGUGUGGCUCCUACUGUUUUCAUAAUAUCGGAGACUGGAGAUCUUUUGCACUGGUUUGAUUGCAGCGAAUAUAUGAGAGAACCAUCUGAUAUUGCAGUAUCUGAUAAGGAGUUUUACAUUUGUGAUUUUAAAGGUCAUUGUGUGAUUGUAUUUUCAGAAGAAGGGAAGUUCUUGCGAAAAAUUGGUUCUGAGAAUGUAACCAAUUUCCCUAAUGGCAUUGAUAUUAGCGAUUCUGGCGAUGUCUUGGUUGGCGAUAGCCAUGGGAAUCGCUUCCACAUUGUCGUAUUUUCGAGGCAAGGAGAUACUCUGUUGUCAGAAUUUGAGUGUCCAUAUGUUAAAGUUAGCCGAUGCUGUGGUCUUAAAAUCACAUCAGAAGGUUAUGUGGUUACUUUGGCCAAAAAUAACCAUCAUGUUUUAGUUUUAAAUACUUUAUACAUUAUGUAAUAUUGUGGCCUCUUUCAUAGACUACCUUCACCUUUUUGCUUAGGUAGCAUACUUGCAAAGAGCAUUUAGACUCUUGUUUAUUUUUGAAGCCAAUAUGUAGUUAUUGGCUUAGAGUUUUUAAAGGUCAUAUCUGUAAAAGUGCCAACUACAAGAUAAAAUUUAGGUCAAAAGUUUGCUACGCUAUAGUUGAUCUCAUACAAUGUGUAGUAUAGCAUUUUGUGGCUAAUUCUGUUUAGGAGUUAUCCAUAGCAGCUACAUGUAAUAAAUAAAAGGUCUAAGUUGCCUUUUAUACCAGUCAAUUAAAAUCCUUAUCUAAGAUAAAGUACAUACAAAAUGUAGUUCAUUUAUGUAGUUUUGCUGUAUAUUUCGUCGUAGCUGUGUAAGUAAGUUGAGAGAAUUAUAUUUACACAUAUGUGAAGUAGCCUGUGAUAUAUAUCUAUAUAUAUACAUACUAUACAUAUAUAACACUAAAAUUUACAACUGAUUGCUCACAAUACUCAUUAAAUUCAAUUUAACCAUUUUUUGAGAUUGUUGUUUAAAGAUUUAAAGUUAUUUUGUAAAAUGACAAUCUUAGCAUUUUGUCCUCUAUGUUUAUAUAUCUACUUAGUGUUCAUGACUAUAAAUAUUAUGUACUUAAAUCGAAAAACUUUUGAUCCUUUUUUGUUUAAAGAUUUCAGUUAUAUCUUUUGUUGGUUUAUCUAUAUAAGAAUAUUAAUCUUUAUAAAAUGUAAAAAAAAAAAAAGUUUUGAGUUUGUGUAUUUGUUUAUUGAGUAAUAUGCUAUUAAUGAUAAAGUUAAAAUUAUUAGUUAAAUGUUAAAUCGUAUCUUGUAAUGUUUUUUCCCCUUCUCUUUGUUUGUAUUAUUAUCCUAGUCUUUGUGUGGAAUGUUUGAUUCUGUGGCUAGUGGUCUAUUUUGUUUACUGAUACAAUGCCACUUCACUGGGUUGUAAAAUAGCUGCAUUUUUUAGGUUUCAAUCCCUAUCAGGUAACAACGUAACUGAUGUUAAUAGGAAUGAUCUGGUAUUUUGGUAUACUUUGUUUGACCCUCAAUGACCUAGCUUUAGAUAUAAUACUCCUUUAUUAGACAUAUUUGCAUGUUUGAGGGGAUUUAAGUGCUUUAUUUGAACAAACUGUUAUGCACAAUUUGUUUAAUGAUCAUGCUAAGGUGCGUUAUCUUAGGCUUUGACCUUCUUACCAUUAAUUAGUUUGGACCUGCCUGGCAGGAAAGAAAAUGCUCGAGUUACCUUUUAUUAUUGUGUGAAUAUAUUGUAUUUUUUAUGUUAUUUUGAAAAUCAUUUUUCACACCAAACUUGGUUUAUACUUGUUACUUUUUUUUUCUUAAUUUUUUUUCUUUGAGUGACCAGGUUUGUGUCUCAUCAAAUUUUUAAGCUGUUUUUAUGCUGUGUAUGUCUUUUUAUCUUUUAUUAAGUAUGAAUAAAAUAACUUUCAUGCUAUAUUUAUACAUAAAACUGUUUAAAUUUCUAGAUUUAAGUCUUGUUUUGUUGACUUAAUUAAAAAAAAAAUAUUAUCCUUGGCUAGAGUUAUGCUUUAUAAUUUUUGCCCAUAAGACAUUCCAAUAUAAUGUUUUGUUUCAUAGCUUAUAGUACUUGCUAGUCUAGUCACAUAGCUGUAAAGAAAUAAUUUAGAGCAUAUGUAUAAUUUAGCUUGCUUCUUUUUUUUCUUCCAUUUUUCAAGUUCUCGGAAUUGUUCAUUUGAAGCUAUGUGAUGUUUUUACUUUAUAUCUGACUGUUCAUGAAAUUAACCUAUGUGUGAAUAGAUAAUUGAAACCUUUCUAUAGUCUUUAUACCUCAAACUAUUAAGAAAUCAAUUUCAAUUUUUAUAUUCAUAUAUAUAUAUGUUUACUAAUGUUUAAUACAUAAUUAUUUUAUGUUAUAAUUUAAGUGUUCAACAUCGUUUUAAAGUAUAGUUUUUUUUUAUUGAAUGUGAUAUUAUAUCCUAGGAUAUCUUUUUUUUCUCCCCAACUUACUUCAAGCUUUCUGACUUUAUUUAGAUUGUGAAUAUUCGGAGCUUAAAUUAAUACAAAAUUCUGCAACAACUUAAUUUAUAUUUAAUUUAGUAUUUUUUCAGUUUCAAAUCUUUGUUUUAUUAUUUAUAAGUGUAAUAUUUUUUCCAAAAGAGAAAAAAAAAAGAAACUCUCAUGAGUGUAUGAGUAACUCUAUUUAUAUUUACUAUUUUGACUCUUUGCAGUUUAUAAUUUGUGAUCUUCAGUUUUCCUAUAUACUUAUAUAUUGCUUUGUUCACGAAAUUAAAAUAUAUUUCAGUAUGCAUUAUACAGAAUUUGUGUUUGCCUAUAUGGAUUUCAAAGCUUUGAAAGUAAAAUUAUUCGUUAUUUACAUUUUAAAAGUUUUUUUCUUUUUUGUUAAAUGUUUUUGUAUGAUAUAUAUAUUGUAGUUAUAUCUAUUUUUAAAACUGCUUUAUCAACAAUUUUUCUUGGUUUUAUAAGUAUAUAUAUAUAUGUGUGUGUAAUUAUUUAGUUUUAAACUUUAGGACCUGGUCACGAAUUGACUCACAUUUUUAAUCUUGUGCAUAUUCAACAAAAUUAUUAACUUUUCAUAAAUAUUUUAGUUAAGAAGUCCCUUUAGAUAGUUAAACUAACAUGCAUCGAAUUGUACAACUUACUCAAUAAAUUUCUUCUUAGUAAUCAAAUCAUUAAAAAAAAAGAACACUAGCUUAUAUAUUGAAAAAACCUUGUAAUCUUGACAUUGUCAUUGCGACAAUAUUUCUUAAAUUUUGCAAGGAAAAAAAGCAUUAGAAUAAUAUGCUGACCUUGAUUUAUUGUUUCGAGUUAUACUAAUUGGAAUAAUUUUAUUUCUAAUUGCCUAGAAUUUGUUAACCUUAUCGUAAUUAAGUUUUUGUAGUGUGAAAUAGCAUUAUUAUUAAUCAAAGUUGUAAUUAAUUAUCAAUAAACAAUCUUAAUGUACUUACAAAGUAAUUGGAAGAUCAUAUUUUUAGAAUUGAAUGUUCUAUAUUUGUUUGUGAAGUACUUUAAGAACUAUGAAUUAUUUAGCGAAAUCACUUUUAAUGUUUAGGACAUGUAACUUAGUAUAUGAUAUUAUUAGCAGUUAAAUAGUUAUAGUUGUUGAUAAUCUGUAUAAAUGUACUAAACAUAUAAUUUACUAUAUUAAUGUGAUACUUUACUAGCUAAUGAGCUGAUCAUACAAUAUUUCGGUAAAUAUAUUAAGAUCAAUUAUAGUUUGUAAAACUUUUUAUUCAUUUAGAUAAUACGAAAUUAUUUGUUAGUUUAACCUAUAAGAUAAUUGUUAAAGUUUAGAGUAUAGUUAUUAUACAGUACCAAAUAUUAAUGAAUAUUCUAGUGUAAUUAAUAUUAGACUUUUAUAAUUAUUUCACUUUCUUAUAGUAAAGAAGUGCAUUGUAGGCAUUUAAUUUUAAAAAAAAGAAAGAAAAACACUACACUAAAUUUAAUAUUUAGAAAAUUUAUUUACACAGCACAUAAAGGAUUGUCAAUAAUAUUGGAAUUUUGGCUAAAUGCAAUUUUAUAAGUUUAAUUUGAUUAAUUUUAUGUAUAAACUUCAUUGAGUACAUACUAUAUUUAAAUUAUAUGUGUUAUGAUAAUAUCUUCUAAAUUUUUUACUAUGCUAUUUUUCAGGUUAAACAUAUUCUGAUGAUUUAACUAAAUAACUCAGAGUAUAUUUAAUCUAAAAAUAAUAACCUUUAGUAUUAACUUAUUUUUUAAAAUUCUUAUUGGUGAAAUAGUUUGAUUUUGGAAAGAAAUUUAAUUUUACGUGCAUAUAUAAUCUUAUUGCAUUAGCCUGUUUCUCUACAUUUUAUUAACUAUCAUGAAGUAUUUUGCUAAUAAUAUUAAAGAUAUUUCAUUAAUUUGAUAUCUAUUAUUUAUCUCGAUCUGUGUUGUCUUAGCUGGUAAUGUAUGAUCACUUAAUUUAUGAUGGUCUCCAUUUUUAAGACACCAUGCCUUAGUCGAAAACUGAAGUUUAUUUAGUCAAGCUGGUUAAAUUUUUGAACUGGUUUGAAUGAAUAAAAAUAAAAAAUGACCUUGUAGUUUUAAUCCUGAAUAAUGAUUAGAAAAGAAACUUAAUUUUUUAUAAACUUAUUUUUUCUUUUUCUUUUUUAAAAUAUUUAGCUUAACCAUGCAUACAAUAUACACUAUUAUUUUCUGAUAAUUGUAAUAUUUGUUAUGAAAUAUUUAAUCUUGAUAAAAUAAUGAUUUAGGCACUAUAGUAGCUACAAUCAUACAAAAAUAACUUUCCUAGCUGCAAAGACACAGCAGCUGGUUGAUUCACUAUUACACAAUGUUUAAAAAAAAAAAUUUGUGAACGUUAGUAUUUUGAAUAGUGUUUAAUAAAUACCCCAUAUUUAAGUAAAAUCUUAAAAAUCUAAUGUCGAUUGCUGGGUUUUCAGCAAAAGGUUAUUUUAUUGUAGUGUUGUUUGUAACAUUUAUUGACUGCAAAUGCUUGUUGAUAUUUAUAAAUUUUGAUACUUUGAUAUUUAUUGUUUCUGUUUAUUUACUGUUUACAUAUAUGAAAAUGUUGAACAGUGUUUAAAAAAAAGCAAAAACAGUUUAACUUAAAUUUGUUUUAUAAUUUACAUGAAAGAAAAUCAUUUUGUUUAAAUUAUUUUUCUGUAAUUGUAAGUUUUGUUUGAAAUUAAAUUGCAUUUUUUUUAAAAUUAAGAAAUUAUGAAGGUAGUUUUUUAUUUACCUAUUAUAUACAAUAAUAUUUGCUAUUUAUAGUUACCUUACAAUUUGUUAAAAUAUAUAUCAGUUAGUAUUUUUAUUUAUUUGUUAGAUUACCUGCAAUACUAAUUUUUCUCUUUAUGAACAAAUUUUUUUGUUGUAACUUAAUUUAAAGUACUGUUGUGAUUGUUAAUUAUAGCUCCUCCCCAUUUAUAUUUAGACUUUUAAUAAUAAUUUUUCUCAGAUAGAUUUAUUUAAUUUAUAAGACAAAUGAAUAAAUUAACUAAAUGCACAAAACUCAAGCAUUUGGUAUAUAAUUUAUACAAAUGUUUUGUUUCUUUCUAUACUUAUUUGUAAAAUACUCAUUUGAAACUUAAUUGCCUUCUUACAGUAUAUUUUUUAUAAACCUUUUUUGCUCUAGUCCAAAGCAAACUUUUUAAAAUUUUUAUUUUAUUUACUUUCUUAAAUAGUUUUAUGAGAAAUAAACUAUACAUUUAGCUUAUUUUUCAUAGUUAUCAUAUAAAGUAUUAUUGUAACUUCGAUUUAUUAACAUCUUGUUCAACAGCAAUAUUAUUUAUGUUACCUUUUAAGGAAAGAAAAUACAUAAUUUUUUUUUAUAUAUACAGAUAUCGUGUAUUAAAAAUUUAUCUUGUAUUAAAUGUUUCCUAUUUUGAUAAAUAAACAUUAUGUCAUUGAAAAUUUAUAUCUACCAAGUACCUUGUUAACUGUUCAAAUUCCUUAGAGACAUUUAUGUACUAUAAUAUUUUUAAAUGAUUCUUAUAUGCAGUAUUUACUACCUCUUGUUAAAAUUAACGAUUAUAUUAUAACUAGUUUACAUUCUGUCAAAACUGAAUUCAGUUUUUCUGCUGACUGUAUGAACAUUGAAAUAUUUUUUAAAAGGUCAUCAAUAAUUAUCUGCAUAAUUUAAUAUUAUUUUUAAUGUUGCUUAGUUACAUUAAAUUAUACUGUAUUACUAUAUAUUAGUGCAUUUAGAGCACACUCAUAGUUGCACUAAAUUUUAAAAGCAGUUGCACAAUUUGAUAUGUCUUAAAAGUAGCUACAAAAGUUGAGAAUACACUCUUUUAUGUGGGAGUGCAAGAUAAUAAGAACUCCUCAGUAUAAAGCUUUUUUUUUUUGUAUAAUGGUAUUUUUUGUUUAGUCACUGAAGAUGGAGUGGCAUUUAACUUGAUCUAUAUCUCAAAUAAUAUAAUGGGUUUUGAAUGAACCCGUGAGCCUUUAAAAAUUAGCCCCAAAUUCGUCUCUAGGGGGAGAUGCAAUUUCCUCAUAUGCAGUGCAACUAAAAGAUGUUGUAUUGAUAUUUUUUCCAAAUGAGCCAUUAAGCCAUAAAGAAUUUUUAGGUUUGUCCUUAAAAUAUGUUUGUUUAAUAAAAUAAAAUUCAUUCAAAUUAAAUCCCAUUAUAACCAUUUAUUAAUUCUAGUGUGUGUGGAAUUUUAAAAAACCUUGACCCCACAAAAUCCUUUGUUGAAUAAAGGUAUGCUGUAGACAAUUGAAGGAUUCUGCUCCCAAGUUAACGAAAAUUAUAUGAAUGAGAUUACUUUAUAUAAGCCACUAAUUAAUUCUUUGAAUAUUUUUGUCACAUUUUGUUUUGUUCAAUUGAUCCUAGUUAUCAAAUUUUAAGACUAAAUAUUUUUAAAAUAUGAUAUUAGAUUUUUUUAAAUUUUUUAUAAAUGGUUACAGUCUUAAAAUUUAAAUUUGGUAAAGGUUCAAUGGUUUAAAGGAAGCAAAAAAAGCUCAAAGAUGUAAAUAAAUUACUUCCUUAUUACUUAAUGUAAGUUAAUUUGGUCACCCCUUUUCCCUCUAAAGAGAAUUUACUCUUUUUCUGCAUGGAAUUCAUUCUCUCAGCUUCUUCAUACAGAAACUUCUCCAGUAUAUUCAUUUUAUGCACAGCGCCUUCUUGCAAUCUAGUAAAGCUUAUUUUCUUUCUUUUAUAUAAUAAUUUAAAAAUUGUGUCCUCAAUUUUUGAAAAUUUAUUAAUUUAAAAGUUUUAUUUGCAUAAAAGAAAUAUUUCAAAUAGCUUCUUAUCUAGAACAGAACCUAUUCUUAAUCUUAUAUUCCCCCCCCCCCCAAUAAGUAGCAAUUCACUUUCAAAAUCUCUCAUUUAGAUGGAAACUAGUUGUAUUUUCAACUUUUGGAGUAAUUGUAUGUGCGUGGUGCAACGUAAAAAUAUAUAUAAUUUUGUGGUGCUGUUUAAGAACAGUGAACUUGCAACAAUAUUGCAGAUAAUUAUUGAUUAAUCUGUGUAAAAACUAUGCUACCUUUACACUAGUCGAGGCUUGAUUACAUUGUUGCAAAAUAAUAAGGAAUAGUUUGCCAUAGUAGAAGAGUAAAAUUUCAUUAUUUUUAAUACUGUGAUGCAGUAGUUAGCUAGAGUAGGGUAGUGCUCCAAGAUGUAUUAAUAUAUAUAUAUACACAUAUUGUGUCAUCAUUUGUGGGUGUUUUCCUCAGGUUUGUGGAGUGUGAAAUAUUUGUUUGACUCCAACACUUCAGUUAGCAAAAAGUUUGGUCUUACAGCUCAAAAGCAAAAAUGAAUAAUGAACUUUAUCUUCUGAGAAAAUAUGAGACAAGUAUUUGAUUGUUUGGACGAAAAUGUUACUUGAAUAUUAUGUUAAGUUGUACCUUUUCAUAUUAGUAAAUUAACUAACUUGCAAAACUAAUUUACCUUUUACAAAAUUACUUAUUUUUUUUUAUUAUAAAAUAUUAAAUUCCACUUCACUUAGUUUAACCAAAGUUGGUUACUAGUUCGUUCGGUCUUAUAGCUUAAGAAAAGAAGUGUUUAAUUUUUAUAAAGUGUGUCUAGAAAUUUUUUAUGAUUAUAUGAACAAAAAUACUCAAAAUUGAAUAGCAUGAUUAUUAAGUUAUAAUUCAUUAUAUUAGUGAAUUAACUUAGUUACAAAAUUUAUUUACUUUACGAAGUUAGUUAUGCUAUAAUAUAAAAUGUAACUUUUAAUAACAUGCCUUUAAUUACUUUCGUACAUAAAAAAAUAGAAGUAUUUUCAGAAUCUAGAAUAAUAAGUAAGUAAUUUUUCGGAAAAGUUAAUUGUCAAACUUUUUAACUACUCACUCCACAACUCUGGUUUUUCCUUUCCCCUCUAUUUUCUAAAUUUAAUAUGACACUCUUAACUCUUGUACAUCUUGCAACACUAUCUUAUUUACUCUAGCUACAAGCUUUUUCUGUAUUUUAUUUUAUUGUAAUGUACAAAUUGAAGUCUUAUAUCUUUUUUAUAUACUACCAUGCAAUAUUUAAUAAGCGUUUAAAAUACAAGCUAACUUUUUUGUGUUAUAUUACAAAUUUUUACUAAUAAUGGCUUCCCUUUACAAACUUUUCUUUGAGGCAAUAUAUGGAAUUGUUUUUUGGAUGUUUUCUUUACAUCAAUUUAAGUAUUAAAAUUAGAGAUGGACAAAUAGUUAUCAUAAAAAAUAAUACAAGCAUCAGUAGUCAAUUUAAAAUUUUAGAUGUUAUUUAGCUAAUAAUUAAUUCCAUAUUCAAAAUAAUGUAUAUUUAUAUCAGAAUCGAAACUUCUAAUUUAUGAUUAUUUAUUUUAUAUAUUUUGCAUUUACAAUUAUGUGAUAUACAAAACUUAUUCUCAUAUUUGUCUUAAGUAAACUAUUGUUCAUAUCUUAAAAUUCAUUCUAAAUAUAAUUAUAAUUGACAGCCAUAUUCAGCUUAAUAUAAAUAUGUAUAAAUAAGCAUUAAUGUUUACUCCAUGGAUUGCAUUAGUCUGCUUAUAACAUAUAAUUUAUAACAGUGGUGAAAAUUAAUAUUUUUGCUAGUACCUAUUUGUUAUCAGUAGUAAUAUAUUUAUUCUAUAUAUAUUUACAUUGGUUUUGAUACUCUAAACAUUUAUAACCUCUUAUGAACAAUAACUGCACUAAAUCAGGUUUAAAAAAAACAAACAAACAAAAAAAAAAAACAACUGUGGCAUUAGAUAUGUGAAGUGCACAUUAGAGCACAUUAUGAUAAGUGCACAUUAGAGCUCUCUAUUUACUCAGAUUAUACCAAUUUUUUGUAGCAUUUUUAAUGAAAUACAUUUAUUUUAUAAAUUUUUUAUUAUAAGAAGAAAAACCGAGUUUUUUGCUUUAUUUUUUAUUUUAAUUUUGAUGAACUAUUAAGUUAAAGAUGAACUUAAUUUUCCAAUUAAAUUAUUAUCAAAAUCAUGUUUAUUAAGUGCAUUAUAUUAAUACGUUUGAGCAAGUCGAAGUAUCUUAAAACUUAUAGGGAUGGUCUGAAAAGUUGUCAACCACUCUCAUUAAGAAGUAUGUAAACUUAUAUAACUAGUGCCUGGAUUUUGAUGACGUUACAAAUGAGGGGAAAAAAUGCUCUUAAAAAUGGUAAAAAAAAAACUCUUGUUUUUGAAAAUUUUGUUCAGAGUUUCAAAUACUACAAUCAUCGAUGUUGUUUUUGCUCAGUGGCGAUUCGUCAGACAUAGCAUGACAAAAGUGUGUUUAUGAAGAAUUGAUACAUUUUAGAAUUAUUCUGUAUUUUAGAGUAAUAUUUACAAACUGUAAUGCAUUAAAUAAUAAAACUCAGUUAAAAUUGUAAGAAGAAACUAGUUCUUCUAAAAGUGUAUAAAAAUGCUUAAAAAAAAAGCCAGGUAAAAAGAGAAAACUUAUGUAAAGAACGCCUUAAAAAUGCCCUAAUAAAAUGCCUAUAUCGAAUAAACGAGUCGAAAAGGGCAAAUAUCAUCAAAAUCUGGGCCUUUAGAGCCAAAAGGUGAGCAAUUUAGAUUUUUUUCAGCGUGGUCUACGAUUUUCGUUUUUAUUUUUUAUAAAUUGCAUAUUCAGAUUCACUCUGAAAAUUUUUAUAUGUAAUACUUUCUUUUACCUGUCAAGCAAUAUUUAAGUACCCAAUGUAGCUGCAUUAUAUAUAAUAAAAACACUUCACCUUUCGACAAACUCAUAUAUUCUAGAAUUUCCACUACUUUCAAGUGUAGAACUUUGUUAAAUAUCCCACUAUAACUGCCAUAUAAUAUAAAAUGAAAUAUCAUUAAACUCAUAUAUCCUAGCGUUUCGUAUACUGCUAUUAUAUGCUUCUUAGUCUUAGAGUGUUAAAUGUUGUAAAAAUGUAAAAUUUUGCCUUAGGAACUGAGUGUGUAUCGAUAAACUAAUGCAGAUGCUGUUUCUAUUUGUCCACCUCUAAUUAAAAAUGGUUUAUGUUUAUAUAAAAUCAAAGGCUACACAUUUUCAUGCACUGUCCA